AUGACAAAAAAAGAUCAAGAUUCAAAGAACCUCAAGAAUGAUAACGAAAAACGUACAAAACGUGCUAAAAAUUCGCGACAGAAAACCGGAAUCAACAGUAAAAUUGAAUACGCAGUAAUCAAAGAAGAAAAAGAAAAAAAUCUUGAAGAUACAAAUAGUAAAAAUUAUGUUAAAGAGAUAAUAAAUGAAAUCAGCUCGGAAGACAUGAAUUUAUUCCCGAAAAGACUUGCAAAUGUUACAAAAUUUGUUGGCGCUCAUGUUAGCAUGGCUGGCGGAGUGCAUAAUGCGAUAAAGAAUAGCUUAUCUAUUGGAGCAAAUGCAUUUGCAAUAUUUUUGAAGAAUCAGCGUAGAUGGGAAUCACCUCCACUUAAUACUGAUCAUAUUUCAUCUUUUCAAUCCUUGUGUAUCAAACACGAUUAUCCUGCAAAAUAUAUUCUUCCACAUGGAAAUUACCUAGUCAAUUUGGCAAAUCCAGAUGAGGAAAAGAGAGAAAAAAGUUAUCAAGCAUUUUUGGAUGAUUUGAAGAGAUGUGAAGCUUUAGGCCUAGUGUUAUAUAACUUUCAUCCAGGUUCUACUGUUGGAAUGUGUAGUGUAGAUCAAGCAAUACAAAACAUUUCUGAUUGUAUUAAUAGAGCACACGGUGAAACAAUUGGCAUAACAUGUGUUGUUGAAAAUAUGGCUGGUCAGGGAAAUUCUAUUGGUUCAAAAUUUGAAGAGCUUGGUGAAAUAAUUUCACGUGUCAAGGAUAAAAGUCGUAUUGGAAUAUGCUUUGAUACAUGUCAUGCAUUUGCAGCACAUGUUGGUUUUCAAUAUUUAAAAGGAAUGCAUUUAAAUGAUUCGACUCUGGAAUUAGGCUCAAACAGAGAUAGACAUCAGAAUAUCGGCGAAGGUCAUUUGGGUUUGGAAGCUUUUCGAUUGAUAAUGAAUGAUGAUCGAUUAAAUGAAAUACCAUUGAUAUUAGAAACACCAUUAGCUGAUGAUAAAACAUUUAAUGAUUGGAAAAAAGAAAUUGAAUUACUGUAUGGACUGGUUGGAAAAAAAUCUCUGAUAGGUCCUUCUAUAUCAUCAUCUCUUUCUAACGACAAUUCAACAACAGAAAAUAACAUCUCGAAAAUACGAAAAGCCAAAAUUUUACCUUCUUCCCCAAAUAAUUAUAAUUAUAAUUGUCAAAGUUAA